AUGCUCGAAAGCCAACAAGCUCAACUUGUAUCAGGCCUACAAGAACUCUACAAGCGCGUUCAGAACGGCCAAGGCUGGACAGGCAGCCCCUUGAAAGAAAACACCCAUGGACAGCCCUUGACGCACGAUAUCCUGGAAAGAUUGGGAGCGUUGAAACAAGAAGGCCACACGACCAAUGAUAUCUUCGAGGAAGAUCUGAGCGUCUUACAGCAAAAGCUUAUUGCCGACGGUGCUGGCUUCAUGCAGCGAGCUCCUUCACACGAUUCCCAUUCAGACAGCAGUGCGCCCUCUCCCAUCUACGAGCCUGUCGCCCAACGGCCCGACUUCUCAAAUCCAUUCUCGCUCAACCAGUUCCCCCCCACGCCUCCCGAUCAGAGCCCUUACCCGCAGACUGCAAGAACAGUGCCAUCGAUGAAGUCGCAGCCAUACCCCCAUGCUACCAUCAACCAGUCGAAUCUCAGCUGGCAUACUCCUGUCUCCGACUUUGACGAUAACAGCAUGGACUUCGCGGCCCAAUUCGACUCUCCCAUGAUAGAUUCGACACUUGAUCUAUCAUCGUUCCCGCCGAACAUGUUUCAAGAUCAGAUGAUUCCCACAGCGAUCAACCCCUGUCUAACGAUGAAAGAUUGGGCAGGUCAGGAAGAUUUCCAACGGUACUUCAACCCGGCAGCCAUGAUCUAA